CCCAGCGCUCCCUGCCGGCGGGGCCGCCCCGGGCGCUGCAGCGCGUACUCGGCCGCGUCCCCGCGGGGCUGGGCGGGGGGAUCGGGCUUCGCUUCGCUUCCCUUCCCCGGGAACGCCUGAGGGCGGGGGCGGCCGGGCGGGCAGGGCCAGGGCCGCUGGAGGGGAGGCGGCCGGGACACCCCGCUCUGGCUGAUGCUGGCGCUGCCCCGCGCAGCACCGGGCUCCGGCAGGCUGGUAGCUGCGGUCGGGACUCAGGAGGGGCCCCCCGGGUUCCCUGCCCCUUCCCUCCCUCCGCGGCGGGCGGCGCUGGAGGAUUUUCUCCCGCCGCGGCCCCCUCGCUGUCCCCCAGACAUGGUAGGUCACCUCCAGCUGCAAGGGAUGGACGAGAGCCUGAAGGAGAAGAGCCGGGAAGGCUUGCUGGACAGUCCGGACUCGGGGCUGCCCCCCAGCCCCAGCCCCCCMUUCUACUCCCUGUCGCCCGGUGAGGGCCGAGCAGGGGGCAGCGGCGGUGCGGACCCCCCGGCCCCGGGCCACCGGCGAGAGGCCAAGGACGGCAAAGUGAUGCCUUACCUGCUCCUGAACCCGUCCAUGCCAGAGAUAAGGCCUCGAAUGCACCCUGUGUUUUUUGGAGAAAGCAUUGAGGUCAGCCCUGAGCCCGUGCAGGAAAUCAGGUGCAAUUCCGAGGUGAAGUACGACUCGGAGAAGCACUAUCGGGAUGACAUCUUCUACGGCCCCAUCCCCACCGUCACCACCUACAGCGAGACGAUCGUGGCCGCUCCCAAUUGCACCUGGCGGAACUACAAGUCCCAGCUGAUCUUCGAGCCCCGCCAGAAGCCGGUGAGGUUUCAGAGCACGACCAUCAUUUUUCCCAAGCGUGCCAAGAACAUUUACCGGACCACCCUCAACUACAGCUUGGGUUGUGCCAAGCGCUGGUUUGCUUCCAGCGUGCAGCUGGAACUCUGUGAGGAAACCAAGGCGUGCGUCAUGGACGGCGAGACCCUCUGAUCCGCCGCGCCGCUGGCAACUGCGCGACCUUCGCCGGGUCCCUGCCUGGGCCUUCCUUGAUGGCAACUCAAUAUUCAUGGCUGCAGAACGCCCUCGUCUCGGGCGAGGCUGAACUGGCUGGGAGGAGGCUUGCAGGGCACAGGAUGGUUUUGAUCAGU